AGCUCUCUAGCUUAUCCACCCAUCAUCAUCACCACCACCUUCGUUUUUCUUUUCCUUCGAUUUGAUCGCCUGAUCCGAAGAUCUGAUCUCUCCAUCUUCCCCCCAAAAAGGAAAAGAAGAAAAAGGAAAACAGAGAAAAUGGUGGAUCUGCUGAACACAGUGAUGAACUUGAUGGCGCCACCGGCGACGAUGGUGGUGAUGGCCUUCGCAUGGCCGUCUCUGUGUUUCAUCAGCGCAUGCGAGUGGCUUUACAACUCAUUCUUCGGCACCGAAGACAUGGAAGACAAAGUCGUCGUCGUCACCGGAGCUUCCUCCGCCGUCGGAGAGCAAAUAGCGUACGAGUACGCGAAGAGAAAAGCGAAUCUGGUGUUGGUGGCGAGGAGAGAACAGAGGCUGCGAGGGAUCAGCAGCAAAGCCAGAGAGAUGGGAGCAAAACAUGUAAUGAUCAUCGCUGCUGAUGUUGUCAAGGAAGAUCAGUGUCGUAGAUUCAUCACCGACGCCUUCAACUAUUACGGUCGCGUGGAUCACCUGGUGAAUACAGUGAGUCUUGGGCACACGUUUUACUUCGAGGAUGUGACCGACACAACUGUGUUUCCUCAUCUACUGGACAUCAACUUCUGGGGAAAUGUUUACCCGACAUACGUUGCCUUGCCGUACCUUCACAAGAGCAACGGUAGGAUCGUCGUGAACGCAUCCGUCGAGAACUGGUUGCCUCUUCCUCGGAUGAGCCUUUAUUCCGCGGCGAAAGCAGCUCUUGUCAACUUUUACGAGACGCUGAGAUUCGAGCUAAACGGGGAAAUCGGAAUAACCAUCGCUACUCACGGGUGGAUCGGGAGCGAUAUGACCCGAGGGAAGUUCAUGUUGGAAGAAGGAGCGGAGAUGCAAUGGAAGGAAGAACGAGAAGUACCGGCGAGUGGCGGACCGCUGGAAGAUUUCGCGAAGAUGAUCGUAUCGGGAGCUUGCCGAGGAGACGCCUACGUGAAGUUCCCGAGCUGGUAUGACGUGUUUCUCCUCUACCGAGUUUUCACGCCGAAUGUGCUCAGAUGGACGUUAAGACUGCUCAUAUCGACCGAGGGUUCUCGGAGAAGCUCGCUCAUCGGGACAGGGACUCCCGUUAUCGAGGCGAAACCGUCCCUCGAAGGAUCGUCGCCGAGGAAGUUUCCGGCCAGCCCACCUCGGUUCGCGCAGUUCAAUGUCCAAGAGAUCCAUAGGAGUGAAUGAGACACGAGAGGAUUAGGAUCAAGUUGUUGCUUGUCGGAUCGUCAUGCUCAUAUAUAUAUAUAUGCCAUGUUUUAAGUUUUUUUUCUCAGGACACUAUCACUCUCUCUACGGACAAUGCAGAGACAAAUCUGAUCCUGUCUUUGAGGAUACACAACAAUCUCAUAAAAUUUGUGAGAUGCAAAUUUACUUU